AGCAAAGCCGGCUCCAGCUUCCCGCCCGGUGGGGGUGGGGCUUCUGUCUCCUUGGAGACCGCGUCUCCUAGCAACCGGAGGCGUUGAGCAGGGCCGCGGGCACCAUGGACGCCGAGAGCCUUCUGCUGUCGCUGGAGCUGGCGUCCGGCAGCGGGCAGGGUCUCAGCCCGGAUCGCCGAGCCUCGCUGCUCACUUCCCUCCAGCUGGUUAAACGCGAUUAUCGCUACGAUCGGGUCCUCUUCUGGGGCCGCAUCCUCGGCAUCGUCGCCGACUACUACAUCGCCCAGGGCCUGAGCGCCGACCAGCUCGCCCCGCGCAAGACGCUGUACAGCCUGAACUGCAUGGAGUGGAGCCUUUUGCCCCCCGCCACAGAGGAGAUGGCCCAGCAGACAGCCAUGGUGAAGGGCCGCUUCAUGGGGGACCCCUCGCAUGAGUAUGAACACACUGAGAUGCAGAAGAUCAGAGAGGGCGAUAAGGUCUUUGAAGAAGAAGUGGUGGUCCAGGUGAAGGAAGAGACCCGCUUGGUGACUGUCAUCGACCAGAUUGACAAGGAGGUGGCGAUCACUCCGCGCGGCGCGCUCUUUAAGACCCCUCUGGGACCCGUCCAUGUCAAUCGGACCUUUGAGGGACUCUCCUUGUCAGAAGCCAAGAAGCUCAGUUCCUACUUCCACUUCCGGGAACCCAUCGAACUGAAGAACAAGACCCUGCUGGAGAAGGCCGACCUGGACCCCUCUCUGGAUUUCCUGGAUUCCCUGGAGUACGAUAUCCCCAAAGGGUCCUGGAGCAUCCAGAUGGAGAAAGGCAACGCCCUGGUGGUCCUGCGCAGCCUGCUCUGGCCGGGCCUCACCUUCUACCACACUCCGCACACCAAGAACUGCGGCUACAUCUAUGUGGGCACCGGCGAGAAGAACAUCGACCUGCCCUUCAUGUUGUAG